AUGGAGAACACUGCGGAGAAACCAAGCGGCAACAAGGCCACCAUCGUCAAGAACACGGCUCAACUCUCCAAGAUCCCACGUCAAAUCAUCACUCAGCAAGCGUCGUCAGCCAGUCACUUAGUCAUCCACUCAGUCAGCCACUCAGCUAGCCACUCAGUCUGA